UAACACCCCAAAUUCAUGAUGAAGUUCCUUUUUUACACCUUGAAGCACAGUGACUAUCACAGGGUUAGUCUCACACUCAAUCAGACAUUACUGUUGAGAUAUUGCUCCUGUAAUAUGACUGCCUAUUGUAAGAUUGGAGGAUUAUUCAUCUACAUAGUUUUCUUUCUUGUACAACAUGGAAUCGGAAAGGAGUGCACACAAAUUAAAAAGCAUGGACAAUAUUCAUGUGAGGGACGGAAUCUCACCUACAUACCUACCAGUUUACCUUCCUCUGUGAAAAUUCUGGACUUCAGUUUUAAUUUUUUGCCCACUUUGAAGAGGUCUGUAUUCCCUCAGCUGAAUGAUCUGCAACAUCUUGAUCUUACAAGAUGUCAUAUUCAUCUUAUUGCUGAUGAUGCUUUCCUCAAUAUGAAGAACCUCAUUACUCUAAUUCUCACUGGAAACCCUGUCUCAUAUUUCGGACCUGAUAGCCUGAAUGUGCUACAUAAAUUACACAGAUUAGUUUUGGUGGACACUGGCCUGUACUCUUUAAAUGUCCGAUUUAACAAUCUCACCAAGCUUCAAGAACUAAACAUUGGAACUAACAACAUUCAGUCCAUGGCUCUUCCACCGUUCAUGAUACACUUUGAAGACUUUAACUUACUGGAUCUGCAUGCUAAUAACAUUUCUAUCUUAAAAGUAAAUGACACAAAUAUUCUUCAGCAGAUGAAAGGAAAUCUCACAUUGAUUCUCUCAAGGAACCCGAUAUUACACAUAGAACCAGGAGCAUUUCAAAACAUGUACCUCAGAGAGCUUAACAUUCGCAACGCCUUUGCUUCACUUGAUGCCCAAAGGGAUGGUCUAAAAGCCCUCAGUGGUCUUAAUGUUGGCAAACUUGUAAUUGGAAACUACAUAGAAAAUUCCAUGUUAAAAACAUCUGAUGGUGAUCUUAACGGCCUCUGCCUGAUUAAUUUUGAAGAAAUAGAUUCUCUCUGUGCUGGUUGGUCAGCGUCUGAAUUACAGUGUAUUGUCAAUGCAACAAAAAUCUCUAUUGAAAGAGGAAAUGUCAGAGCAAUAGAAAAUGUUCCAUUUCAGGGAGUUAAAGAACUCCGCAUUGUUGCCAAUUACGUACCUGUUUUACUGAAACUUUCCCAUCUGGAAACAUUAGAAACCUUAGUGGCAAUUCAGACUAAUUAUAUACAUAUUGUAGGAAUCAGUGACAUGCCCAGGCUCCAGCAUAUAGAUCUAAGUCAAAACAGAGUACACAUUACUGACUGCUGUGAAAACUACUUCAAGAGGAUGCCAAAUAUUCGCAGCCUUAACCUGAGUAACUAUGGAAAUAUAUAUUUGAGCAACAACCCUAUUACUGGACUUCCUUCAUUAGAAGUUUUGGACUUACACCAAACAAUUUUGGGAGGAUUUUCUGCCCAAUUUGAACUUUUUAAAAAGCUCUGGAAUUUAAAAUAUCUGGAUAUUUCAUAUACAGAAUUUAUGUUUAGGAGCACUAUGAGCUUUGGCAGCUUAAACAGGUUAAAAGUACUAAAAAUGGCAGGCAACCGUUUUCAAGGAGAUGCGUUGAGUUACUUAUUUGAAAAUCUCACAUCAGUGGAAUACAUAGACAUCUCAAACUGUGAAAUUGACAGCAUAACCUGGAGAACAUUUAAAGAUCUUCCAAGAUUGCAGCAGUUACUGCUUAAUCAGAACAGAUUGAUGGUUUUGGAUUUUGUAACCCAUCCAAAUUUAAAAGACUUGAGAUUAUUAGAAGUUCACACAAAUAAUAUUGGCAGCAUUCCACUUAAUAUCCUACAAAAUCUACCAAAAAAUCUCACUGUUCUUGAUUUGUCCUUUAAUCCUAUUGAUUGUUCCUGUUCUCAAAUUAAUUUUAUCUUAUGGAUCACUAGCCAUCAGCAAAUCUUCCCCCAAAAAAAUAACAUUUUAUGUAAAUCACAAUCACUGGGAUCAAGGCAUAAAACUAUUGACUUUGACGUUGGAAGCUGCGAACGCAUCAGAAGAUUUACUAUUGUUACGUCUAUAUGUGCUGUGGUUCUUCUGGUUCUUGCUUCUUUCUUGGCCUACAGGUUCCAGUUUUACCUGCGUUAUGGAUAUAUUCUCCUUAAAGGUUAUAGAACCUCCAGACAACAAGAAUGGUCCUAUGAUGCGUUCGUGAUUUAUUCCAGUAAAGAUGAAUGCUGGGUAAUCGAUGAACUAGUGGAAAACUUGGAAAAUGGAAUUCCACCCAUACAUCUUUGCCUCCAUGUGCGAGACUUUGAAGCAGGCAAGGCCAUCACCUCCAACAUUAUAGACGAGGGCAUUAUGGGCAGUCGUAAAAUUAUAGUGGUCGUAUCUAAACACUUCACUGACAGCUCUUGGUGUAGAUUUGAGUUUGAAGUGGCCCAGUCCUGGCUAGUGACACAAGGCAAUCCCAACAUCAUCAUCAUCAUUUUGGAAGAUGUUGAAGAAGAGAAGACAAAGAAAGUAUUUGGGCUUCACAAACACCUGAAAAAGAACACUUACCUGAAGUGGAGCUCAAAUCCCAUAAAUAACACAAGAUUCUGGAUUCGUCUCAGAAAAGCUGUUAUAACGUAAAAAAAAAAGCUUGUCUUAUUUGUGUUUUACUUCCCUGUUUACAGUUUUCAGUGUUGUUUUUUUUUUAUUCUUAAUGUAAAUUAUUAUGUAUACACAUGUUUUUAUGUUAGUUAUUCUAAUAAUACUUAAGAAUCUUUUUUUGUGGAAAUCUUUGUUAGUUUUACACUUUACACACAGCUUUACUCCUGUUUAAAAAUAUACACUGUAAAAAUAAUGUUUUCAGAUUACAAUAGCAUUUAAUAUACAACAGCGCUUAAUCUAUAAAAAAAUAAUAAUUGCACAGCUAUAUUAAUGCACUGACAAUAAUUAAUUCAUACACAAAAAAGUGUAAAAGCAACAGUAAGCUUUGAUUUCACAAAAAGUGGGUCAGAUCGACAAAACAAUAAAUAAAUAAAUAAAUAAAUAAAAACAGUAAUAAAAGUUUAGAAACUACAGAUAAACUUAUAAAAACUUAUAAAAUGUAUAAAAAAAGUUCUAUAGUCAACUGAAAGUAAAACAAUGAUUCAGACCACAGAGUCCACAUUGACCCAUUUCUAAAGGACAGUCCUGUUGAAAAGUGUUUUUUUUUCCGCAGCCUGAUGUUUUCAGGAUGUUUUGCUUAAAAAUUACAAAGCCUCAGGAUCAAGUUCAAGACAUGCAGUAGAAAACACAAAACUACAAUAAUGUAGUAACUAGCUGUUGAUAGAAGUAAACACUUUAAACUCAUCCCUGCUAAAAAAAAAAAUGCCACGGCCAGCCCCAAAGGAUCAAGCUGGUUAAGUUGACUGUUCAGCUCAUAUCUUAACCAGCAUAAUCAGGGGUGGGUUUCCCGAAAACGAUCAAUCUUAGGGAAUAACGAACGAACUAACGAAUGACGUGAGUAAAGAACGAGCCAGUUCUGCGAGUGUUUCCCAAAGAGCUUCGCAAAGUGAAAAUUAACGAACAAGGUUAAA